GCGAGGUGGGACUAAAGGAAGGGGUGCGGGGUGCGGACUGCGUGGUGACUGAACCGCCCACUGCCUGCCGCGCGUCCACGUCUCGGAUCCCCAGCCUUAUCCAUGCACGCGCGAUAGCCCCAACCCAAGCACCGCACCGGCGCCCCCACCUGCCGCCGCCGGCCGUGGCCCGCUCCGCUUGAUGGAAUGCCGCUCCUGAUCUAAGCGAAGCUUCCCCAGCCAGCGCUCCGAGCCGAUGCCGCUCGCAGGCAUUGCCCUCGCGCCUCUCCUCGUCUCCCCGCUCGCGCCUCCCUCUCCCCGUGGCAGCGCUGCCGCCGUCUCUGCGGAGCCCGCCAGAAGGCGCCGCGCGCUACGGCGAGUGCGGUGCUCCGCCGCAGCGGCGUCCGGCGGAGGCGAGCUUUCCCGCGCGACGCUGCUCUGGAGGGCGGUCAAGCUGCCCCUCUACUCCGUGGCGCUCGUGCCGCUCACCGUAGGGACAGCUGCUGCUUAUAACCAUGCGGGGCUGUUCUUCGCGAGGCGCUACUUUGGCCUCCUGGCUGCUGCUGUCCUUGUGAUCACCUGGCUCAAUCUGAGCAAUGACGUUUAUGAUUCAGAUACCGGCGCUGAUAAGAACAAGAAAGAAUCCGUUGUCAAUAUUGUUGGCAGUCGAGCAGUGACAGAAUAUGCAGCAAACGUUUCUCUUCUGCUCGGCUUUGGAGGGCUUUUUUGGGCCUUUGCAGAAGCAGGGGACGUCAGGUUCAUCGUUUUGGUGCUAUGUGCAAUCCUCUGUGGUUACGUUUACCAGUGCCCGCCGUUCCGAUUAAGUUACCGCGGUCUAGGCGAACCAUUAUGUUUUGCUGCAUUUGGCCCACUGGCCACGUCAGCUUUCUACUUCUCAAACAGCAGCAGAAGCAUUUCAAGCGGGGCUGUGCUUCUCCCUCUCACCAAAACAGUCAUAGCUUCAUCCAUUCUUGUUGGGUUGACAACCACCCUGAUACUCUUCUGCAGCCACUUUCACCAGAUUGAGGGAGACAGGGCUGUUGGAAAGAUGUCUCCCCUGGUAAGGAUCGGCACCAAAACAGGCGCGACGCUAGUGACGGUUGCGAUCGGCGCCCUCUACACUCUCUUGGCGGCUUUCGGCAUAAGCAGAUGUCUCCCACCAUCCUGCAUUGUCCUUGGCGCCCUGACUCUCCCUCUGGGCAAAUGGGUUGUGGACUAUGUGCAGAGAAACCAUGAUGAUGACACCAAGAUCUUCAUGGCCAAGUAUUACUGCGUGCGGCUGCACGCCUUGCUCGGGAUGGCGCUGGCUUCCGGUCUGGUGCUGGCCAGGAACGGCGUACUAGCCUGACAGACAGAUGGGCCACCAUUGACAGUUGACAGUUGAUCCAGAGAAAUGCUUCCUUCUUGUUGCAGUCUCACAGAUGGAGUAAAACACACACAACUUUUACAGCCAAUGCAAUGCAAUAUUUUCCAAUGGCAGUGCAUCUGCGCAGUUCUCUCGCUGAACAGAAGGCGGCCGGAUUGGGCAAGCAGAGAUUCAGAGGCCAGUUGGUUUUCUGGCUCUAGCUUCAGUACAGUACAGUAGCCUCCAGCGCCCCGUGAUCUAUAGUAGGUUUCUUUUCUGUCUGCAAGCAAAGCAAAGAGAGGGCUAGCUUGGCGUGUUCGUCCUCGUCCGUCGCAGCUACUCGUACCAGGCUAGCCAGAUCGCCGUUUGGUUUGCUCCUGCAGCAGGAUAUGAAUUGAAUUCUGAUGAGCCAGGACGGGACGAGUCAGUCGGGACAUGCUCCGGCCCGGCCCUCUACCGACGGACGGACGGACGGACUGCCAUUACUGCCCUCUUUACCACCAGCAGAGGCAGAGACUGGUGGUGGCAGACCAGCUGUUCCUGUUCGUACUACGGCGCGCAGGCGCAGGCCAACUUGGUGCCUAUCCCACCUUGCCAUGCUUUGCUUUCAUGUUUGUAUCAUUGGCUCCCACAUCUUCAAAUUACACUGCAGUCAGUCAGGGUUUGUAAUUGCAGACUUUGCAGUAUCUAGUACUGCUGUAGCAUAUUUAUCACACUGUCCAUAGCAAGUGAGAAUCGCAUACACUUGCAAAUGUAA